AUCAAAUUAAUUUCUUUUAAUUAUAAUCAAUGGUCAAGAAAAAGAAAGUAGGAUCUUUCAAUCACAUAAUUACAUAGCAUUUUUUGUCUUAUGUAGACACAAGUUUGGUGUGAAAUUUAAUUUAUUUGUCUAAUAACAAUUUGGACUUUUUUGCAAAAUAUUAAUUGACAUUUGUUUUUGUAUUUGACGAAAAUGAAUUGACAUGUGUUAUUCUAUGCGUUGUUUGAUUUAAAAACUGUUUAAUUGCAAUAUGAAACCAUUAAAAUUAGUACUAACUUUAAAAGCAUAAUUAGUCAACCAAUUAGAAAAACACUCUGGUCAUGUGCACACAUUUUCUCUCCCACCUUUUACUCUCCACCAUCCAAUUCCACAAACUAAAAAUAUAACAAAUUCAACCUUCAUUCUCUUUCUUCUAUGUCUCUCAUCCUCACAAAUAUUGUUCUCAAACAACAUUGUCAAUUUUGAACAACUUUAACUUUUCUUACAACAAAAUUCAUGCAUGCAUGCAUGCAUGUGCCUAGUACUGAUCAUUCAUCAAUAGGAAAUACACAACAAAAAACAUAGCUAGUAAUUGAAUUGAAUAUAAUUUUGUGAUCACAAUGCCAAGCAAACUAAGGAAAGCAAUUGGAGCAGUCAAAGACCAAACAAGCAUUAGCCUAGCAAAGGUAACAAAUGCAGCAAAUCUUGAGGUAACAAUUCUCAAAGCCACAACACAUGACAAAAAUCCAAUUGAAGAACGUUAUGUGAAUGAAAUUGUUAACAUAGUAUCAUCAAACAAAGCCUAUGCUGCUGCAUGUGCACAAUGCAUCGGCAAACGAAUCGGCAAGACGCGAAAUUGGGUUGUUGCACUCAAAUCUCUCAUCAUUGUCCUUAGAAUAUUCCAAGAUGGUGAUCCAUAUUUUCCUAGAGAAGUUUUCCAUGCAAUGAAAAGGGGUGCAAAAAUUCUCAACCUUUCAAGUUUCAAAGAUGACUCAAAUUCUAGUCCUUGGGAUUACACUGCAUUUAUCAGAACAUUUGCUUUGUACCUUGAUGAACGUUUAGAUUGUUUCUUAACAGGAAAACUUCAAAGGAGAUUCACCUAUAAUAACAGUAACUUUCAGGACAAGAAUCAAAGGAACAAGCUUUCCAAUGAGCCUGGUAUUGGAGAAAUGAAACCAACAUUGAUUAUUAACAGAAUCAUUUAUUGGCAAAAGUUGUUGGAUAGAGCUAUUGGAACAAGACCAACAGGUUCAGCUAAGAACAAUCGUUUGGUUCAGAUUUCUCUCUAUGCUGUUGUGCAAGAAAGUUUUGAUCUUUACAAAGAUAUCUCUGAUGGUCUAGCUGUUGUUUUAGACAAUUUCUUCAAUUUGCCACUUUCAGCUUGUGUUACUGCAUUCAAUGCUUGUGUUAAAUCAUAUAAACAAUUUGAUGAGUUAUCUGCAUUCUAUUCUUUUUGUGCAAGCAUUGGUGUUGGUAGGUCUUAUGAAUAUCCAAGUGUUCAAAAAGUUUCUGAAGAGCUUAUGGAAACAUUACAAGCUUUUUUGAAGGAUCAAGCUUCUUUCCAUGCAAAUAAUAGUUCUAAACACUUCAUUCUUUCAUCACAAAAGAAUUCUAAUGCAGGUUCAAGUUCAUCUCAAGAUGAAGGUAUUGAGAGGUGUGGAACACUUGAAAGUUUUUUUGAGAGUAGUUCUUUUAGAUCUCAAUGUACUUCAUUAGAAGAUCUCAUGAGUGCUACUGAUGCUGCUGGUAGUUCGCGCGGUUCGAUGGAACAGGAUAUGUAUUCUGAGCAAUCUGAUCAAGAUGAUGAUGAUGAUGAUGAGAAAUCAUCACAAUAUGAUGAGUUUGCUAGUGCUAAUUGUUCUGGUUCUGCUAGAUCAAUGACUAAUGGUCAAACUUCAAGGUCAAGUUUUGAUGUUAUAAGUGUUGAUGAUAUGCAUCAGCAUCAAGAUCAAGUGCAACAAAAUCAAGCAAAUGAAUAUGAGAAACAGAACACAAAAGGGGGUUCUAAUGAUAGCUCCAAAGAUUGUUGGGAAAUAGUAUUGGCAAAGACAGUAACAACAAAUGAAACAUCACCUCAUAAAUUGGAUAAUGGAUAUGACCCUUUUGUCAAUUUAUUUGAUCAAGCUAUAGUACCUCAACAAAAAUACAAUCCAUUCCUUGAAGACAUUGGAAAUUUAGCUCCUGUCACCACCAAUACUAGUUUUGAUGAUGUUUUUGAUCUAUCAGUAGCACCAGCCUUUAAUGUUCAUGAUCCUCUUGCAUCAACAUUCUCUAACCAAAGUUCUAAUUCCAUAACAAAUUUGGAUUUAAUUUUUGGUGACAUGAAUUCACAUGAAACAACAGUGGCACCAACUUUUCAUACUCAAACAUCUGAUAUGAUGAUUGUGGCACCAAGCUUUCAGGCACAACAUUCUUAUAAGGAUGUUUCAACUUCAACACCAACUUUUCAAGUGCAUAAUUCAAAUGUUAAUGCAAUAGUAGAAGUACCAACUUAUACUGUUGAAAAUCCUAACACUAGUAUUGUUCCCUUUCAUUCACAUAAUAGUUUUAACAAUUCAACAGUGGCACCAACAUUUCAUUCAUAUAGUAGUUUUAACAAUUCAACAGUGGCACCAACAUUUAGUGCAAAGGGUGGAAAUGAAACAACAUUGGCAACACAAAUAGAAGAUGAUGAUCCAUUUGGGCCAUGGCCUAGUGCAACCACCAAUGAUCAAACGUCUAAUGUGUCAAUGCAAGAGCAAACUUUGUUGCGGCUUCAACAACUGUGGUUGGAACAACAAAACAAGAUUAUAGCAAAACAUAUGACUUGAAAAAAAUUUGGAUAUGUUUGAGCAUUGAAAUUUUGUAUAAAA